AGUAAGUAACAGUAGUUGGGUGUCAGCAGGAGGAGUACGGGUGUGCGUGACGCCCAAGACAGAGCCCGCCUGCAAGGCCAUGGUUGAGGACCUCGCCGCCACCACCAUCACCGCCCAGUGUGUCCUCGGGGACGACAGGUACCACUGCUUGCGGAUGGUGAUGCAGAAGCAGGCAGAUGUGAUGAGGGCCGAGCCUGAGGACGUCUUCCUGGCCAGGGAGCUCUAUAACUCUCAGAUCCACGUCCUGGCUGAGACCAGGACUGCUGAGGAGAAGAAUGAGGCUUGGAGGUACCAAGGUGUGGCUGUGAUCAGGAGAAGCAAGGUCAAGAGUGUGGCUGACCUCAAGGGCUCCAAGUCCUGCCAUACCGGCUACGCCAGGAAUGCCGGCUGGAAUAUACCAUUCUCCCAUCUCUUAGAGAAAGGUGAAAUCAAGCUGGACUGCACCCAGGAGAGGACAGUGGUGGAGCAUGAUCUGAAAGCCGCUUCUUCCUACUUUGGACUCGCCUGUAUCCCCGGAGACUGGACCCCUGACAACGAAACCGAUGCCAGACUCAAGGAAGCAUACAACAACCUGUGCACCAUGUGUGGAAACCCUGGACGCUGUGAUAAUGUUGAUGAGCACGCUGGAUACGCAGGGGCCCUCCGCUGCCUGGUGGAGUCGCAUGGGGAUGUUGCCUGGACCAAACUCUCUGCUGUGACACAGUAUUUCAAAAUUAAAACAGACGUCUCAACUACGGACUUCGGACUACUUUGCCCUGACGGUCGGAUCCUGGACUUGGACUCUACAAAACCUUGCCACUGGGCAGCCCGGCCAUGGAACUCCUGGAUUGCACGAGCUUCUAAUGAGAACAAGAAGGGUAUAGUGUCCGAGCUAACCAAACUGGUGACAGAAGCGACCCUUCCCGCUGAGGAGGGUGCACCGCCUCUCAGACCUUGGGCCAAGGCUGUACUUGGUAUCGACUCCCCGUCAGUGAUCCACGCUCGCUCUCCUCCCAUCACUCCUCAUGACUAUCUAAAAGAACCUGGCUAUGACGCGACCAUUGAACGUCUUGGGUGCUCUGAGGUGCCAGUGAAGCUGUGUGUCGACUCUCAGCUGGCUAAGGACAAGUGUCUGGCUCUCAGCCAGGUGCUUAAGUCCCGCAGAAUCCGUCCCGCACUGGAGUGUGUGAUGCCUGCAUCUUUAGAUGACUGUCUGACCAUGGUGGCAAGUGGAUCUGCACACAUCACUACGGUUGAUGGCGGUGACGUCUUCCGAGGGCAUGUGGAGUAUGGGUUGGUGCCAGUGAUCUCGGAACGAUACGGACAACUUGAUGCCUCCUACUUCGCAGUAGCUGUAGUCCACGCCAAUUCCGGCAUCACUUCUCUCAGCCAGCUCCAGGGCAAGAAGUCGUGCCACACUGGCAUCGACAAGACAGCGGGCUGGAAGAUCCCAGUAGUCACGCUGUUGGAGGCGGGCCUGUUGAAAGCAGGAAACUGUGACUAUGCUGGCGAGUUGGGAAACUUCUUCAGCAGCUCGUGUGCUCCAGGGGCCAAGGAUCCCAAAUAUGAUCCCAAGGGCACUAAUCCCCAGUCUCUGUGUGACCUGUGUGUCGGCAAUGAUGUGGCAGGAGUGAGUGGGCCAGCAUAUUCAGGUGCAAGCACAAGUGGGAAAUGCGAGAGGAGCGAUAACGAGGCCUUCUAUGGGUACACUGGUGCCUUUAGAUGCCUGGUACAAGGGGGUGGGGAUGUAACCUUUGUCAAACACUCAACUGUACAAGAAAACACCAAUGGCAACAAUGAGGCCGAGUGGGCCAAGAACCUUCGAGCUCUGGAUUUCAAACUGCUGUGUAAGGACUCCGGCACCGCAGACAUUGUUGACUACAACACUUGCCACCUCGCAAGGGUUCCAUCACACAAGGUAUUGACAGGUAUUAAAUCAAAUAGUGUGAUGUUGGAAGAGAUAAGAAUCUUACUGCUGCGUGCUUCACAGGUGCUUCCCAAGGGCCAGGAUGUCUUCACUAUGUUUGGACCUUUCCAGGGUAGACAGGAUGUUAUAUUCAAGGACUCUGCUACAGAGCUGGUUAACGUCCGGCAAGACACCUUCCACCAGUCGCUGGAAGACUCAUACUACCGUGCCCUCACUGAGCUAAGCACCUGCCGCCCCAAAGAAACUCAACUGCAUUUUACCAUGACUGGAGGCGCUCUUGCUCAUGGGCCAUUCUACUUCCUUCACCUGGUUGUGUGUGCAGUCAUCGUCUGGCUCCACUCGGGCUAACCCUUGGACAGUACAGCUAAGAGAUGCUGUAGUUCUAAAUGACUUGUUGAAUGAGAUACUGUAUAAUGUACGUAUUUACAUUUUACUGUACUAGUGUGAUGACAAUUUGCAUACAAGGAAAACAUAAUACUAUUGGCUCCAUGUCAUGUAUAUACACGUUGAUCUGUAGUAAAUCGCGCAGCCCACAAGGUGGGUAUGGGGUGUAUAAUAAAUGAACUAAAUUAAAAAAAAAACUUAAGAGAUGGUUGAGGUCCAAUUCUUGAACGUAUUUUACUAUAAAAUAAUUGAUAUAUACAGUACAUUAAACUGUGUAACUAAUGUAUCAAGUUUGUAUCUUGCUUAACUAAAUGAAUUCUGUGGUUCCGUGCCUGGACCCAUUGUGUGUGUGUGUGUGUGUGUGUAAUUACCUAAGUGUAAUUACUUAAGUGUAGUUACAGGAUGAGAGCUACGCUCGUGGUGUCCCGUCUCCCCAGCACUCUUUGUCAUAUAAUGC